AUGUCAAAAGUUAUUUGCGACUACUUGAUCUACCACGAGCAUAAUCCCAGGCGCGCGCUGGAACUAUGUGCAGAAGCGACCCGAGAGGCGAAUUUCAAAGACUGGUGGUGGAAAGCUCGACUUGGAAGAUGCUACUAUCGGCUAGGACUGUACCGUGAUGCAGAAAAACAGCUUUCAUCAUCACUCCAAGACCAAAAUAUGGCUGAGACAGUUCUCGAAUUAAGUAAGGUCUAUAUCCGCCUUGAUCAGCCGAAUGCCGCUCUAGCGGUUCUUGAAAAGGCGAAUAAACAGACUACUGGUGAGACGCGACUGAUGCUUGGAAUAGCUCGUAUUCAUGAAAUGCUCUAUGCAAUAGAGCCAAGCGUCUCCAGCUAUAAGAUGGUGCUGGCUUUCGAUGCUUCGAAUGUUGAAGGCUUGUCAUCUCUUGCCGCAAAUCAUUUUUAUUCUUAUCAGCCAGAGAUUAGUCUUCGAUAUUACCGUCGUUUGUUGCAGAUGGGAGUGGUAGGUCCUGAGAUCUGGAAUAAUGUCGGACUAUGCUGCUUCUUUUCAUCCCAGUUUGACCUGGCGUUGAAUUGCUUCGGUCGAGCGCUCCAACUAGCUGAUGAUAUUGCUGAUAUUUGGUAUAAUAUUGGGAACUGCGAUCUUGCGUAUCAAUCAUUCAAGGUAGCAUUGUCGGUCGAUGGCGAACAUGCUGAGAGUCUCUGUAAUCUGGGUGUGCUCGAGCUGCAGAGUCGGAAUACAGAAGCUGCCCAAGCUAUCUUCAACAGUGCUCAAAGUAAAGCCCCACAUCUUUUCCAACCUUUCUUUAAUGGUGCGCUGCUCGCCUACAAGCUGGGAAAUAUCCAAGAUUCGCACCCUGAUCCCCUGAAUCAGCUGAGAAUCCAGAGCAUUGAGAAGCUCUGCAUCAACUCAAACUCAAGGCAAUUGUCAGAAAUCGAUCUUCCUUCGGAGACGAGUCGAGGGGCAAAAUGUGCUCUGGCUUGGCCGGCGAUUUUGCUACGUGUUCCGUGA